UCUGUUAAAGAUCAUUUAAUCUGGAAAUACAAACAUCUGAUAAAUCAUAAACAUCUUUUUUUUUCGACAAUUGCGACAUUUUCUAAACGUCUAUUUGACAUCUGACAGGAAACAUCCUAGAAACGCGUUUUCCAGAUGUCUGUGUGCAUAUCAAAACACAUCCCAAACACAACCCAAACGCCACCGGAUGUUUUGCUUCCACGUGAGAGAUCAGCUGAUCGUCCUUGUGCUUUUGAUUUGAACCGGGAAGUGCGGCAGUGUUUACGGCUUCAGGUGGUCAGAGAUGAGUUUGUUGGUGUAAAGUUGGCAUGAAUCACGCGGUCUGGUGCUUUGCGUGCUUUUGCCUGUUCGAGGCGGUUUCUCUGGAGAUCUUCUCUCUGGACGGGGAAUGGAAGCUGCUGAACUCGAACUCGUCUGUUUCUGUCAGCGCCGAGGUCCCGGGCUGUGUUCACACUGCUCUGCAGCGCCAGGGCUUCAUCUCGGAUCCAUAUUACAGGUUUAAUGACCUGAACUACAGAUGGAUUUCACUGGACAACUGGACCUACACUACAUCAUUCUCAGUGCCUGCUCAUGUGAGAGGGAAAGGGAAAGCCGUCCUGGUGUUUGAAGGAGUCGACACAAUCUCUACCGUUUCCCUCAAUGGAGUCGUCAUCGGAAAGACAGACAAUAUGUUUCGCAGAUAUGAUUUUGAAGUUACUGGGCUGCUCAAGGAUCAAGAGAAUGUUCUCCAGGUGUGGAUUAUGUCGGCGGUGACGUACGCGUCUCAGAGGAGUCGUGCCCACACUGAGUACAGAGUCCCACCUGACUGUCCUCCUCCGGUACAGAAAGGAGAGUGUCACGUCAACUUUAUCCGAAAGGCUCAGAGCUCGUUCAGCUGGGACUGGGGUCCAUCUUUCCCAACUCUGGGCAUCUGGAAAGGAGUUCGGCUCGAGGUCUUCAACACUUUAAGGGUUCUAAGUUUUACCACAGUUCCAAAAUAUGACUCUGGAAAUUCAAGCUGGAAUUUUGAAGUGGAGUUGUUCUUCGAUGUUGUUGUUGCAUCGAAGGCUCUCGUCCUCGUGUCCAUACCGUUAUUACAUUCGGAGGAGUUUCAUCUGUCUCUCACACCUGGACAGAGCAGGAAGUCCUUCGUCUUGCAGAUCAACAAGAGUGUGAGUUUGUGGUGGCCGUUUGGACACGGAGAGCAGCCUCUCUAUGAGCUGGAGAUACAGAUCAAGGUGGAGGAUGGAGAGACAUUUAAUGCGCAGCGAAAGGUUGCUUUCCGCACAGUGGAGUUGAUCCAGGAGCCCAUCCCGUCCUCUCCUGGCCUCAGCUUCUACUUCCGGAUUAAUGGGAGACCAAUUUUCCUGAAAGGUUCGAACUGGAUUCCUGUCCAUGCCUUUCAGGACCAGGUUACCGCUGACAUGAUCAGCGUCCUGCUCCGGUCUGCUCAGAAGGCCAAUAUGAACGCUUUGAGAGUGUGGGGGGGCGGCGUUUACGAGCAGGACCUCUUCUACAGCCUGUGUGACACGUAUGGAAUCAUGAUUUGGCAGGACUUCAUGUUUGCCUGUGCGCUGUACCCUACGGAGAAGGACUUUAUACAGACCGUGAGGGAGGAAGUCACGCAGCAGGUUCGCCGGUUGAAAUCUCACCCGUCUGUGGUCAUCUGGAGCGGGAACAACGAGAAUGAAGCUGCCAUCGCAGCUGACUGGUUCAACAUCUCUGCUGCCGAGCGGCCGCUGUACGUGAGAGAUUACGUCAGUCUGUACGUGGAGAACAUCAGAGACCUCGUGCUGCAGGAGGACGGCACGCGUCCGUUUCUAGUGUCCAGCCCAACCAAUGGGGUCGAGUCAGAGAAGGAAGGCUGGGUGGCUCAUGACCCCUAUGACCCCCACUAUGGCGACACGCACUACUAUAGCUAUUACAACGAUUGCUGGAACUGGACUGCUUUCCCACGCACGCGCUUCGCCUCUGAGUACGGCUUCCAGUCCUGGCCUUCGUUUUCCACCCUCCGUAAGGUCUCAGUGUCUUCAGACUGGGAUUUCAGCAGUAAUUUCUCGUCUCAUCGGCAGCAUCAUGAAGAUGGGAAUCAGCAGAUGCUGAAGCAAGCAGAACUACAUUACAUCCUCCCCAACCGCUCCGACCCGGUGCAGAGAUACAGAGACACUCUUUACAUCACUCAGGUGAUGCAGGCGCAGUGUGUGAAGAUUCAAACAGAGUUCUACCGCCGCAGCCGCAGUGACAUCGUCGAGGGCAAAGGUCAUACAAUGGGCACUCUUUACUGGCAGCUCAAUGACAUCUGGCAGGGGCCAUCCUGGUCCUCUGUAGAGUUUGGUGGUAAAUGGAAGAUGCUGCACUACUGGGCUGCAGAUUUUUUCGCUCCCGUCCUCUCGGCGGCGGUCGAGGAUGAGGGAGACCUGCUGAUUUACGCCGUCUCUGACACACACUCUGAGCAGCACAAGGUCAAAGCCACGGUGAAGUUCUUCAGCUGGAGCAGCUUUGAUGCCGUUUGCUCUCUAGAGUCUAAUGUGACUGCAGUAAAAGCAGGAGGAAGCACGCUUGUGUUUCAGCAUCCCAUAUCCGCUCUCCUGGAGCAAUGUGGGAGCUGCACUCGGCGCUCCUGCGUCGUCACCUUUCACCUCAGUAGCCCAGAAGGUCAAAUGAUCAGCCCUCUCAAUCACAUCUUCCUCAGCUCUCCACGACAUGCGGAAGGUUUGCAGAAACCUGGCAUCACGUUCACUGUAAAGGAUGCUGGGAUUGUUCAGAGUUUUGUCGUGACUCUGCACUGCUCCUUUCCCGCCGUGUACGUUUGGCUGGAUGUUGAUGAUAUUCCCGGUCACUUUAAUGUCAAUGGCUUCCUGAUGCUGUCUAACACAUCCACAGUUACUUUUGGAGCAUGGAGACCCACCACUGCCGAAGAAAUCACUGCAAAUCUCCACCUCACGUCUCUCAGAGACGUCUACUGAUCAUGAUGCUUCAGCUGUCUGACCCACGGCUUCUUUAAAGGAUUGGUUCACCCACAAAUGAAAAUAAUGUCAUUAAUUACUCACCCUCAUGUCGUUCCACAACCGUAAGACCUUCGUUCAUCUUCAGAACACAAAUUAAGAUAUUUUUGAUGAAAUCCAAUGGCUCAGUGAG